AUGGCGUUUACUGUUGUUGUCGUUUUAAUAUGGCGAGUCACGUCCAACGUGUGUACUAAAAUCUGGUUGAAUCCGUUUAAAGAGACUGACAAAAUGUCUGAAUUGACAGAGACUCAGAUUGAAUCCAGUGAUGAUGAACUCCCAGAGGAGGUCGCCUUUGAUGCAUCCAAAAGUGCUGCUCUGAAGAGUGUUAAAGACGCAAUGGAAGCAGCCAAAAGAGAAAAGAUCCUACUGAAGGAGAAGCGAAAAAAGAGACAACAGCUGUUUCAAGAACAAAAGAAGAGAAAACGUCUUCCUAAAGAGCUCUUAGAGGAAUUUGAUAAAGAACCCCAAAAGUAA